CUCAGGGCCAUGAGGAGGAACUGAAGAGUGUUUCUCUUUAGGAUUCAACUUGUUGCCAUUUAAUCAACUUCUUUCAUCUGUAACAGGGUGGUCCUGGUGGCAGCAGCAGCAGAGCGAGCAUGCAGCAAGAGGGAACUGCACCCUCUCAGGGUGCUAUGCCAACUCCAGUUAGUGUGAAGGAGGAGAGUGAUGUGGAUUUGACUGGCCGACACUCACAUGAAUUCACAGUGAAAUUCAAUCAAGCUAGCCGUAACGAAUACACCAUUCUCUGUAGUCAGCCCUGCACAGUGCUCAAGGCCAUUAAAUCAAAUGAGAAAUGCAAUGAGAAGAUUAAGUGUUCAGAUGAGAAUAUUAUGAUUCAGCUGGGUAAAGCAGACAAGGAGUCAAGUGUUGCAACACACUUUCCUUGUUCUUGUAUCAAGAAUGGCGAGUGUCUGAUCAUAUUGUGUAAAGAAGAAAAGGUGGAAGUUAAAGUCCAAGAUUUCAAAAUAAUUCAUCCAAAGGAUCACUAUUCUGUCUUCUACAUAGACACAGUUGGGGGGCUGCACACUAAAAGAAAGGAGCUUUUUAAAAACAGUGAUGUAAAGAAGUUCAAGCGUGUCUGUGUUUAUGGGGAGAAGGGGAUGACUGUGGAUGAGGCAGUGAAAAGAGACGGUCGCUUCAUUGAUGACCUCGGCUACUUUGAGCUGUCCGACAAUCGGGAUCCAAAACGCCUUACUGUACACACACAAAGAGUCGACAACCUUCACCUGAGAGAUUACAAGAUGCGCCUUCCAAAGAAUAUAAAAGAAAACAAUGAAAAACAGCAGGAAAGCCCAUCAAAGAAAUCCCAAAGGAAACGUAAAAGAAGAUCACGGUCAGAGGUUUUAGCUUUAGCAGAGCAGGAGGGACUCAGUGUGAAAACAUUAGUGAAAAAAACAGAGAGCGGCGAUAACACAGAAGAGAUUUAUGAACUACUGCGUGGGCAGUUUCCAGAUCUGAAAAAAUGGAUGGAGAAUAGAUUCCCUGGUGAUUCUUACCAGGAAGCAUUGACGAAGGAAAACUUUGGAAAGAUCCAAAAGUCUUUUAGUGAAGUUCACAGAGUCAGGAAGCUGCUAGAACUGGGCAAGUCAGUUUGCAAAAUCAGUGUUAAUGAUGAUUUUAUGGGAACCGGCUUUGUGCUGUUUGACACUUUCAUCCUGACAAACGCACAUUUGUUUAAAGGUUAUGUUGAAGGAAAGGAGCUGCAGCAGGAUGUUGAAGUGUUUGCUAUAUUUAACUAUGAGGAGCCUCUGCCAAAAACAAAUUUCUAUUUUUUUACUGCAGAGAAUAGAUUCAUUGACUUUGAUGCUGAGCUAGAUUAUGCAGUUCUGAAGCUCAACCCUGCAGGCUCAAAGCCAAACCAACAAAGAAAAGCAAAGAAAGUACAGGUACCACCAGGGCUGCUCAGCAAGUUUGGUCCACUGCCUCCCAAUGGUGAGGCCUGCAUCAUUGGACACCCAGCAGGGGGAGUGAAACAAAUGGAUCCUACAUGGAUCAUUGAGACAGAGAAGAGAGGGCAGGCUAUUGAUGAACAUUUACGUCAGUACAAAAAGCCUUUAAUUAUCCAAUCUAUCAGUGAUUUCAUCACAAAGCAAGGUAUUAAAAAUAUACUGAUUGGUGGGAGUAAUGCAGGAGUAGUGACCUACGACACUUGCAUGUAUCACGGUGCCUCUGGCUCUCCUGUGUUUGAUGGACUUGGCAGAGUUUUUGGUUUGCACACUGCAGGAUUUAACUAUAGAUUUACAAAAGCUGUACAGAGUGUGAUCGAGUAUGCCCAUCCUCUGAUGAUAAUAUUUGAAAAGUUCGUGAGUAAUCUGAAGACAAGUGGAAAUGAGAAGCUGUUGAAAAGAGUUGAGGAGGCAGCUCAGGGAAAUGAGUUUCUGACAAAGGUGCUCAAGAGAGAGCAGGAAGAUGAGCAGCCAAUGGAGGUCAGUGAAUCAGAAUAGAAGGUCCUUUGCCCAGAGGCAAAAUAAUUAUGGCUUGCUGUUUACUUUGCAGGUGUUAAAAUCAUUAUACUCCAUGUGACAGGGUGAUCACAGUAACUAGAAAUUACAGAAACCCUUUUUUUUUUUUGUUGAACUGCCACAACACAGUGAUAUUGUGAGUCUGUACAACCUCACAAUAUCGCUGUGUUGUAAUAUUCUCAAGGAUUAACAAUUUAUUGUUACUGACUUUCUUUUAUUUGAAAAUUGAAUUUGACUUAUCAUAAUUUCUGGUUAUGGUGUCUGUGAUAUUUUUUAGGGGUAUUUGUGUUCCUUAUGGCCGAAAAUUCAAACCCAAUUAAAUCCAAGGUUUCCAAAAAAUCACUGGGAUGAGCAGGUUCUGGUGCAGGCUGUUUAUUAGACAUAUUAGUUACACACAACACAGACAAAAACCAAGAUAUGGACAGCAGCAUAGCUAAGACUGAGAUACAGAGAGGAGAGAAACACAGAGACAGAAAAAGAUCCAGAUAACAGGAAAAGGAAAAAAGAGAGGACAAGAAAGAGAAAAACUAACAGAGUGACAAACAUUUAUAUCUUUAACAUGAUAACUGCCCACUUGCCUUUGACCCAUCCUAAUUUACAAAAAAGUCUCAACCCAUGAAACUUGAACCCCAACCAAUCACCUGUUGAGGCUCUGCCAACUCUUGUUCCACGUGGGCUAAAGAAACAAACAUCAGCAGGGUAUCUCAGUGGUUUACAACAGCUCAGACAGGUGUCAUGAUGAAGGAUCUUCUAUUAAAAUCUCUGCUUAUCUAUGUUACACAAACACAGGCAGGUGUGCGGAACUCCAUUUUUGGAGUGUACCUGUCAUAAGACUUCCUGAAAUACAGCGCGAGGUUACGAGAGUCAUGUGAAACAGAGAUGUUCCUGUGUCUCACCAAGGCCACAAUCACAUAUGAGCAUCAGAUAUAACAGGCCUUACCUUCACCCCAGUAAUCUAGAAGCAUACAGUGUUCAUUAAUUCAGUGUGUGUUUUACUACUACACUUUUUAUUACAUAAUAUAAAAAUAGUGACAGUAAAGGUGAUAAAAAAAUUCCCCAAUAGUGCUACCUGGAGCAUUGUAUUAGUCAGUCAGUCAGAAUACUUUAUUGAUCCCAAAGGGAAAUUACUACUGUUACAGCUGCAACCGUUUCAUUUAAACGAGUAAACCUAAAACACAAUAACAUACACU